UAGGGAAAGAGAGAGAGAGAGAGAGAGAGAGGGAAAGCACUGAAAGAUGAUUUCCACGAGUUCGCAACGCAAUCACGACGCAAUAUCGACGCUUGUCGGAUUAACCCGCAACGACGACUUCCCCUAGUGCAUCUAUCUAGUAAUUAACCGAGCACCGAGCAUGAUGCCGGGAAUCUCUCAAUUACCUGGUGUCCACUAAGCGAGAAAGAAGAAGAGAGAAAGCUGCAUUCGUUCGUUCAUUUUCGCGACAGUCCUACCACCAUUAUUAUCAUCCGUUCUCACACCAACAUCGACAUCAAAACUCGCCUCGCUUAAUUAUAUUUACGAUCGUAAUCAUCGAAAGGUGUCGUAUCAUAAAUAAGCGAAUUAAUUAGCGAGAGGAGGCUCUCGAAAUCUAGAAAUGAAGAAAAAGAAAAAUCGAGAAACGAGAAACACGUAACACAAUUUUCGUUUCUCUUCGCAACCUUUACUCUUCCAUCUUUUUAUCCGAUAGAGCGAUAUGGACGGUGUUGGAUAUUUUUAUAAUGAGCUGACAAUUUUCUCUAAAAUUAUGCAUUACCAAAAACUUUCCUUACCAGUCUGAAACGAAUGGAAUUAUGCAAUGGCCUCAUAGUCGAAAGUAUCGAUCGCCGGGACUUACGUCCGGUAAAUUUUUUUCUUUUUCGAGGCGCGAGCAAAAGUCGAAAUUGUGAUCACGAGUGUAACGUUCUACGAUUAACGAAAGAAAGGAAGGUUUUCGCACUUGUUCCCUUCUACCUAUCUCUUUCUCCCAACAUAGAGAAAUGAAAACGAAAUGCGUGAACGCUAUCAUUCGUCGAAACAGCGCGUGAAAUUGUAGCUUUACACGGAAGCGCGUUACACGUUAGCGCGUUUAAUUGAUUUACAUACGUAGACGACAGGUACAACCAGCUUGCAUUUCAAAUCCUUCCUGGACGGACCAUUCGCAUCUUUGCAAAUUCAUGCCCUAGAACGUACACACAUAUAUACAUACAUACAUACAUACAUCGAUAUAUCCAAUAACUAGAAGAAAGAAGGAAGGCGCGGCUUUGAGACGCAGCACGCGAACGCAGAAACGUUCACCGUUUCAGUGCCCGGAAACUUUCUUCCGAUCGAGAAUGGUGAUUACGCAAGCGGUCGAUCACUUGGAUCAGAAUUAUGUCCGGUAUCGUUUACGAGCACCGAGUGAGCGGCGAAAUUGCGAGCGUCAGUCUUUACCUUCUUUCUCCUAAUGAAAUAGAGAAAGAAAGAAAGAAAAAGAGAUCGAAGAGAGAGAGAGUAAGAGAGAGAGAGAGAGAGAAAGAGAGAGUGAGAGAGAGAGUGAUAAAAGAGAAACAUGCGUAUGAUAAGUUUUUUAGAUUCUAUUCACGAGAAAUUGAUCAUAAGUGGAAGAAAGAUUUCACACAAAUCGAUUCACGCGAUUCCUUAGCCCGUGGGAAAAUGUAGCUGAGAAGGCCGGACUAUUUUGCGAUUAUUAGUUCGCGUGCGUCACGAAGCGUAGCGUUCUAUGGUCCACCUUAAGACGUUCCGGGCACGACGCGUACGUUUUUCCGGGGAGUGGGUCCGUGCUAGCCACGGCGAAAGUGCUGCUGGUAUAUAUGCCGCUGAUUGCGACUAUGCAACUUCAGUGUGCACUACCGAAGUCUACCAUGAGCACUCCGCAGGCACUCGUUCUUCUCGUCCUCGUGGCAACGGCAACGUUAGCCACCGAGACGAAGAAGCCAUUAAAGAAGGAGGCCAUCGAUAGCAAGGACGCAAAGAGUAAGAGAGGAUUGGAAUUAAGUUUGGGUCAUGGCUUCGGCGACUUUGGCGGGCACGAAGGACUUGGCGGCGGAUUGGGAGGAGGUCAUGGAGGAGGCUUCGGAGGAGGCGGAUUGGGAGGAGGUCAUGGAGGAGGCUUUGGAGGAGGCGGAUUUGGCGGUGGCGGUGGUUUAGGAGGUGGCGGUGGAUUGGGAGGUGGCGGUGGACUGGGAGGUGGCGAUGGAGGACGCAUAAGUUCUAUAACGAUCCAUCGAGAGGUUCAAGUACCAGUACCUGCACCAUAUCCGGUCGAAAGGAAUGUACCGGUUCCGGUGGCGGUGCCAGUGAAGGUCCCGGUCGAUCGUCCUUAUCCCGUGCACGUGCCUAAACCUUACCCAGUGCCCGUGGAAAAGCAUAUUCCGGUGCCAGUUGAAAAACCGGUACCAGUGCCGUUCAAGAUUCCCGUAAAGGUGCCCGUCAAAGUACCAUACCCGGUGAGCGUACCUGUAAAGGUACCUUUCCCUGUACAAAAGGAAGUACCUUACCCGGUUAAGGUCCCCGUGGUCGUCAAAGAAUCUUAUCCAGUACUCGUCCAAGGAGGAGGAGGAGGAGGAGGAGGUGAUGGUGGUGGCUACGGUGGCGGCUAUGGUGGCGGCCAUGGCUACGGAGGAGGUGGCUUUGGAGGUCACGGCUUGGAGAUUUCCGAUUUUGGUGGAUUGCAUCAUCGACGAUGAUAUUCUUGACCAUGACCGUCGAGACCAGUCUACGCCAGCGAUUAUCAUCUUGUAUAUAAUUCUAGUAUUCCCUUCUUCCAAUUCCUUUUGCAUACCAACAGAUGCGCUAUUCCCUCUCUCUCUUUCUUUUUUUUUCUCUUUCUCUUUUUUUCUUUAUUUUUUUUAUACGCGGAAGUCUUUAGAUUAAUUGCGAAAUAAAAUAAAUUAUUUUAUACAGA